UAUAUUGAAAACAAAGAUCUAUUUUAAUGUGCUGCUAAACUUCCGUGAGCUAGCAAGUCAACUUCCGGUUGUGUUCAUGACGGACAAUGGAAUCGCAAAGAUCCACAUCAAAAGUGGCUGAAGGCGGUUUGCCGUCUGGUUGGAAGAGGGAAGAAGUAGUAAGAAAAUCCGGCUUGUCUGCAGGAAAAACGGACGUUUAUUAUUUUAGCCCUGACGGUAAGAAGAUUCGAAGUAAACCACAGCUGGCACGCUACAUCGGAGAAGCACUAGAUCUCAGCGCAUUUGAUUUUCGCACAGGUCGUUUAAUCUAUAGUGCAGUUCGCAAAAGUAAGCGUAUGAAGGGAUCAACUUUUGACUUUGCCAGAGGAAUCCGCCACGAUGCCAGUCUUAUUCUACCAAUACGACAGACGGCUUCUAUCUUCAAACAGCCGGUCACCGUGAUCAGGAAUCGACCCGAGAGUCAAACCAAAUCAGAUCUGAAACAUGGUCCACAGGAUCCACCCAAACAACUGUUCUGGGAGAAGCGUCUACAGGGCCUCCAGGCUCGCGACAGUGCGGAUGACCCGAUACAAGCUAUGGACCUGCCUCGGAACAUGCAACCUGUCGGCCCCGAAAUGACGAAUGAGAACGUACUACAGAGUAUAUCCGCAGCUCUGCACCUGAGUAACAUCCCAAUAACCGGUCAGAACGGUAGCAAGACAUCCAUACAGAAGAACCCCGGCGUGAACAUCGACGCGAACCAGCCACACAUACAGCAGAUGUUGAUACACGAGGAGGACAUCCGUCGACAGGAGAGCAAAGUGACCGAGGCGAGACUCAAACUGCAGGAUGCACUCAACACGCUGGCCACAUAACACAGAGAGAUACGUAGAUUAUUUCCAUAGUUGUAACAAGAUAAAGAGAUGAUUGGAACAAGACCUACUUCAUCUUACAGGAAAUAUUCACAGAUCAUCCCAGUUAAUAAGUAACAGCGACCUGACAUGGAAACAUAGCCAUCAUACAACCUGGUGUAUGUCAUUCGAAAUCAAAAACCUGUUACAUUAAUUUCUGUGAAUGGGAGACAACUCUUACAGCUUUGCCAUACUGUUUGGUCGGUGUGCUGGGCUAGACAAUGAACUAGUUAUAUGUUUUUAUGUACAGGUUAAGGACUAUUUAUUUGAUCAUUGGGACAUCUGGCAUGUCAUCAUGGAAUUAAAUAGGAAAUAUAUUAUUUGCAGAGGUUUACUAUGCAUCAUUAUUAUAAAGCAAUUGUUACAACACUGGUUAUCAAAUAAUGUAUUACAUUUAUACAUUUACCGUAAUUCAACCAACAAUAGUCAAUGUAUUUUUCAUGCUGGGGUGUCAAGAAUGUAUUAUUGGGCAGUUUUGUUGCUUAAAGAGUUUGGAAAGUAUCAUCUGUAUUAAAUGAAACCAGCAUUACUUUUAAACAAAACACCAUGGACAAGAUUGUUUGGUAACUUAUAAUUUGGAUUUUUAACAAUUCUUAAACAUGUUUUGAAAAUAUCUAAUUGUUUUCCUAUUAUUGCUAUUAUGUUGAAUCAUUCUGAAUCAAGAAUUCUAAAACAAAGAAACUGACAUUCAUCAUUGCAUUACCUCAAAGUGUUUUAACUUGAAUGUAUAGCUACAUAUACGAAUCAAUAACAUAUUACCAGUUGAGGGAUGGUAAAGUGAGUAUGAAUACAACCUUGUUAGACACAAGACAGUCCUCAUGCAUUUUCUCAUAUCAUUAAUUGUACUGGCUCAUGUGUAUAGUGUUACUUGUAGAAAUAAAAUAUAUCUAUUCAUUAUAUGUGACCCGGUCUGCAAAAUAGAGUACAGAUGAGACAUGACAUUCAUAGUAAACGUUUUAAAAUAACAUCAUGUAGAAUUUUAAUGUGACACAUGUCGGGCAUCUGUUUGUUGGAAAUUGUAUAACCAUGUAAGCAUUUUAUAUACAAUCAAAAGAAAAGGUUAUUUUCUGUUGUCUGUUUAUUAUCUUUCAUAAUGAAAUAAUAGUUCGGCUAUGUAAUAAUUGCCUGAAAUACUAUCACAUAACACUUUAUAUUCAUGAUAUUUUUAAAAAUUGAGACAACUCUGAUCAUAAUUUUAUGUUCAAAAUUCCAGUGUCACAUAAUCUUUGAGCAAAAUACCAUGUAUGUUGCCAUCACACUCUUGUGACCACUGGCUAUCAAAAAAAUGUCAUAACAUUUUGUUAGAUUUCCUCAUCCAUCUCAUUUUCUGUAGACAUGGUCACAUAUUGUAAUGGUAUCACUGAAAGCAGA